AUGACUGAUACCUUCGCUUCUACAUCAGCGGAGGACAAUGAGGAACAUUUGGUAGAGGCGCUUAUAUCGCAAGUUGACGAUGAAGCCAUCACUAAAAUCAUACAGUUACAGAAGAAAUCAUUGGCACAUUUCGAGAAAACAAAUGAAAUGCUAAUAAAUUGCUGCAGAUUAUCGGCUAACAGACUUGAAAAAGCACGAAAAGAUUUGGCCGAAAGCAAACAAUUAAUACUGGAAAUGAAAUCAGAUUUGGAAUCCAUUUUUCGGCGAAUACGCAUUUUUAAGCAGACUUAUCUUACUAAAUAUACCGAUAUUUAUAAAUAUUUCGAGCAGCAGUAUCGUGAAGAAAAAGAAGAAUAG